AUGAGAUUAGCUGUUUUCUUAAUUGUUUCAUUGGUUAUUUUAUCAAUCAAUGUCUGUGCUGCUACCAAUUUAUUCUCAGCUCAAACCUAUCAAACUUCUUUCUUAGGUUGGAUGAAAAAACACAACAAAGCUUACCAUCAUCAUGAAUUCAAUGACAAAUAUCAAACCUUCAAAGAUAACAUGGACUUUAUCCAUAACUGGAACUCCAAAGAAUCUGAUACUGUUCUUGGUUUAAACAGAUUUGCUGAUUUAACCAACGAAGAAUACAAAAAAACCUAUCUUGGUAUGAGCAUUAACGUUAACCUUAGAGCUAACCAAGUUCCAAUGAACGGUUUAAAUUUCGAAAGAUUCACUGGCCCAUCAUCAAUUGAUUGGAGACAAAACGGUGCUGUUGCUUACGUUAAAGAUCAAGGUCACUGUGGUUCAUGUUGGGCUUUUGCCACCACUGGUGCCGUUGAAGGUGCUCACCAAAUUAAAACCGGUAACAUGGUUACUUUCUCAGAACAACACCUUGUUGAUUGCUCAGGUAGAUAUGGUAACAAUGGUUGUGAUGGUGGUUUAAUGACCAGUGCUUUCAAAUAUAUUAUCGACAAUGAUGGUAUUGCUACUGAAGAAGCUUACCCAUACACCGCCACCCAAAAUAGAUGUGUUUACAAUACCACUAUGUUAGGUACCGCCAUUUCAGGUUAUAAAGAUGUUCCACGUGGUAGUGAAUCUGCUCUUACUGCUGCCAUUUCAAAACAACCAGUUGCCGUUGCUAUUGAUGCCUCACCAAUUACUUUCCAAUUAUACAAAUCAGGUGUUUACCAAGAAGCCACUUGCUCAUCAUACAGACUUAAUCACGGUGUUUUAGCUGUUGGUUACGGUACUCUUGAAGGUAAAGAUUACUACAUUGUUAAAAACUCAUGGGCUGAAACCUGGGGUAACCAAGGUUACAUUUUAAUGGCCAGAAACGCCAACAACCACUGCGGUAUUGCCACCAUGGCCAGUUAUGCUUCAGUUUAAAUUAAUAAUUGAAGAAUUUCUUUAAUUAUUACUUUUUUUUUUUAAAAAAAAAAAAUAUUUAUAGAAAGAUUUUAUCAUCUAUUCUUUAUGUAAAAAAUAUUUAAAAAAAAAUAAAGUUUUCUUUUUUUUUAU